CCCCUUCACAAGCUCAACAUCAGUACAACUAGCUCAUUCGCAAAAGCUUCAUAACAUACCUAAACGGUUCAAAAUGAAAUUUUUCGUUUUUUUCGUUGCUGCCGUUGCAGUCGCUGUUGCUGUUCCGAUUGAAGUAGCUGAAGAUGAAGAGGGACAGCAAUACUACCUAGUGCCAGUGAGCCGAGAGAAGAGACAAGCAACCAAAUGGGGUGUAUCUAACACUGGUGUCGGUCUGAGCCAUUCAGGUACCAUCUUAAACAACGACAACCAUAGACUAGAUGGUAGCGCUUAUGCCGCUAAGAACUUUGGAUCACAUGGACUCAGACCCGAUCAAGUUGGAGGUCGUUUGGAUUACGCUCACAAGCCUUCUGGAUCUGGUGCCUUCAUAAGCGCGGAUAAUGCUCGCCGCUAUGGUACGGAUGUCAACGCUGGAGCUCAGUAUAACUUUGUACACAAGAAUAAUCUUGAUGUGGGUGUUGUUGGUCAGUAUGGCCGACAUUUUGGAGGACCAUUCGGCACUGGCAGACCUCAGGGGUAUGUGGGACUGACCGCUACAGGAAGGUUUUAGAAGAUUUGUCUAUCAUUAAUCAGUAGUUGUUAGUAAUUUAUUUAUUUAUCAAUUUUUGUAACCGUGCCAUUAUUAUUUCGAAUCAAAUAAAUAUUUAAUUAUACUUAUAAAA